AUGGCUGACUCAGACAUUCAAUUUGAAGAUAUCUGGAAUCAUGUAUUUAGCCUGUAUGAGGAGAAAACGAACAGAGACCUGAAAACCGAUCCUUUGCUUGGAGAACUGCGCACUACCGACGAUCUCCUCCUUCAGAUCAAUGCCCGACAGCGAAACUUUGAGGCAUUUCGCCAAAAGAAGGCGAAACUAUGGUCCAUUCUGCGUGGCUCAAUGAUUGGCGUUGAACUCGUAGGGGGUCUCACGCAGGAUGCUUUGACCUUGACUCCAUUUUCCAUGGCCUCGCCUGUACUGGGAGCAGUCCUGUUCUUAGUUAGCUCCGCUGGAGAUGUCAGUAAGGCUUAUGACACAAUAGUAGACCUGCUUUCUCAGCUUGAGGACUUCACUGGACGCUUGCAGGAAUACACUAAUGCUACUGUUGAACCGAAGCUUCGCAAAAAGCUGAUUGAUGUAUUAGCAUGCCUACUUGAGAUCUUCGCAAGAUCGGAGAAGCUCAUACGAAAGGGCAGAGUCAAGCAGUAUUUCUCUGUGACCUUCCUCCGUAGUAAUGAAAAGGUGGCUGCUGCCUUAGAGCGACUCAAGUCGCUCAUGGACACAGAGGCAAAACUCGUGGGGUCACUCACAUAUUCGACCCUUCUCAGAACAGAUGAAUCAGUAUCUCAAGGAUUGAAAGUUAUGGAGAGGACUGAAACUUUGUCAGAAUGGCACCAGGAAAGCCUGGAGGAUUCCAAGAAAGAUGCGAAUGAAAAAGCUGAACGGGAGAGAAUCGACAAGGAGCUUGAUCGAACCACCUUACGAAAAGUCCAGGACUACCAGAACGACAUAUCCGAGCGAAGAUUGACUGGAACUUGUGACUGGAUAAGGAAAGAGCCCCUAUUUCAACAGUGGAUUGCUCAAGAGAGCCCCAUACUGUGGAUCCUUGGGGGCCCAGGAGCUGGGAAAUCAUUUCUUUCGUCCAAAAUUAUCGCCCAUCUCCAAGAGAAAUUUCCUCAAGAUCCUCAUGUGCCGUCCCGCGAGUCUGUCGGCUACUUCUACGUCAGAGAGGAUGAUCAGCAGCUUCGCUCAUUGAAUGCCAUAUUGAAAAGUCUUGCAUUGCAAAUUGCAACCAACAAUCCGAUAUAUAGGAAACACGCUGCUAACGUAUGCAACUCGCCAGAUAAGAUAGGUACUGCAAAACAUACCUGGCAAAACUUGUUUCUCGACUUCUUUAGUUCAGACCAGAAUAGAGAUAGUGUGGUCUUCAUUGUGAUUGAUGGAUUAGAUGAAGCGCCAAAGAAGGAACAGACAGCAUUUCUAAAGAUUCUGAGAAGGCUUCUCAGGCAGUCCAGUGGAGUUGAUCAGGCACCAAUGCGGCUUCAUUUUGCCAUGGUAGGGCGUCCUGAGCUUCGAGAGAGUAUACUGUCGGUGUGGGCAUCGCAGAUCAUAUACAUUGAAGUUUCAGCGGCAAAAAAUACGCCAGAUAUUGAUGACUACAUCAAACGCGGUAUCCAUAAAGUCAAAGCACUGAAAAAUAGACACAUAUCUAGUACCGACAGAGAGUUGCUGAAGGCCACGAUCGUUCAAAAGCUACAAGAGGGUGCUUUAGGUAUGUUUCUUUGGGUCAACUUGAUGCUCGAUCAAAUUUGUAAUGUAUCACGACCAAGUAGCAUUGAGGGGAUCUUAAAGGAAGCGCCACAUGACUUGGCAAAAAUGAUCCGACAUGUCUUUCAAAGGCUUGCUGCCGAUCCUGGUGUACAAAAAGAAGACAUAAACGAGAUGCUGACAUGGGUCACAUUCGCUCAAAGACCAUUGCUGCUAGGUGAGAUGGACGUCAUCCUGAAAUUGAGACCGCCCGUUGGAGAAGGCAUGCCGGACCUAGAGGACAGACUGCGGGGCCAAUUCGCUUCAUUCUUCAUUCUGAAUCGGGAAGACUCUAAGACAACAGAAGAUCUAGCUAGUGAACUCGCCGAGAAAUUCAAACACAAGAUGAUACUUGAGACUCCUAUUGAUGGCCCACACGAUCUCGCAGAUGAAGAGCAAGGCUUUGACAUUCUUGAGCUUCCAAGCUAUGAGUCUGAUUUCAAAGCUACUGAGUUGGCUUUCAGCCAUGCGAGCAUACGGGAUUAUCUCUUACAGGAAGGUAGAGCAGAAACACGAAGGUGGCCUAGCGAUUUGGGUAUUGGCAUUGAGGUCAAUAAGGCGAAGCAUCAUGUUACUGUCUUUUGCCUCACAGUUUUACGCGAUAAAGAACACGAAAAAACUUUCCCUGGAACCAACCUUCUGACUUACGCAGCUGACAACGUUCUGACACAUCUAAAAGGUGUGGAUAGAUUGAGUUUGACGACUCACGAAAGACAGGCGGUCAUUGAUCCGCUGUUCAACCUGUUGGAUGAUGAUGCUACCAUUGAAAGAUGGUUCAGUAAUAUCUCUAGCGACAAAGAUAUCUUUAUUCGAGAUUGGCUGACCGACAAGGACCUGGAAAAGUGUAUCGGAGACUGGCUCGCCGAUGAGGAAAAUCAGCGCCAUGGCUUCUCAGCAUCAUCCUCCUAUGUGCAGCUUCUUCAAUCGACACUGCUGAUCGAAAAAAUUCCUACUGCCAGGCUACGCCUCAUUGCUGACGACCCUCAAUACGAAAAGACUGCGUACUGGCAUCAUCGGCUUGGAGCUAUACUCAGAGAGGCGUCAUACUUUGAAGCUGCGAUUGAAGAGUUCGAUAUUUCCUUUCAAAUGUAUGACGGUGAUUGGAUACUUCAUUGGAACAUGUCUCGGGCCUAUGAGUCGCUCGAGGAUUAUUCGUCCGCCCUUUCCUGGGCCGAGAAAGCUCUCACCAUAGUGCCUACGAAGGAGAAGAGCAUCAUAUUGCAAGACAUUUCAAGAUGGAGGCUAAAUUUAGAUGAUGUGGAAGAGGCAAUUGAGGCAGCGCACGCUGCAUGGUCUUUAGCACCAGAAAACCCCCGUAUGGGAGGAAGCUACCUCUAUGCAUUAAAUGCAGGAUUCAAAUAUAAGGAGAUAAUGGACGUUGCAACUUAUCUUUCGGUGACUACCUCGCAAGAGAGCCAGGAGAAUCAGCUUUCGCUGCUGUUGCUCAAUACGUUCAGCUUUCAUGAAUUUAUUGGCAAUGCAGCUCGGGAGAUGGGCGAUUUAAACUUUGCUGAGAAAGCAAUAGAAAAUGCUAUCACUGCUGCAGAACGCAGGAAAGACUUAGAGGAGCUCGCAACCCAAAGAUGCGAACUUGCCAUAUUCUUGGAUCGCCAUGCUUUUCGGACAUCUAAAGCCAUCGUGACGUUUGAACUGGUCUUGGAAAGUAUUGCCUCGCGUAAGAGUGUCAACAGCUUUGAGGACCAGAGACACACCGCAGUGAAGUAUCUCGCUCAAUUGUAUUAUAACGAAGCCGUUGCGACCCGAAGCCAAGAUAAGCCUUCUGAACAUUGGAUAUCGAAACUGCAAGGACUAGCCAAGUCGGGCGUUGCACCCGAUGGCGAGGAUGUCUAUUCGACAAGAAUAGCUUCGACAAUGCUUGGUCUGUGGUACCGCAACCACGGCAAAGAAAGCGAGGCAAAGGCAUGUCUGCGUCCUCGAUUCCUCGAGGGUAUCGACAUGCUCACAGAUGAUGACCCCGCAAAUGACCAGUUUGGGUACGAUGUGCUUUCUGAAAUACUUUUGAAGGCGGGAGAUCGUGAGAACGCUGGCGCUGCCCUUGCCGUUACUACUGCGCCUCUAGACAAACUAAAGUCAAUUCGAUCCACCAAGGAGAAGGCUGCAGGUCAAAGCCUGAAUAGCAACGCAGGCGAAGAAGACUCGACUCCCGCACUGCCAGCUGAGGAGUCAAAACCAAACACGACUCCAGCAGACACCUCCUCACCAUCACCUCCUACCACUAAACGCUCUCUUCCAUCUGCUCAAAAGCCACUCUUCAUCUACGAAUGCGACGGCAACUGCAAACGUAAGGUCGAAGACUGGACCGCUUUCUACGUCUGCGAGAUCUGCAUCGACACAGCGUUCUGCGACCAAUGCAUCGAGCUCGUGAAGACCGCAAGACUGCCUUUCAAAAAAUGUCACGCAAAUCACAUUUUUUACCAAGCGUACCCCUUAGAGGAGAAGGCGGACGAGAUCGCUUCGGUCGUGGUGGAUGGGAAGGUUCUGCCGAGGAAGGAAUGGUUGGAGGGGUUGAGGAGGGAGUGGGUGGCUUGA